AUGAAGAAUCUGCUAUGUCUGAAAGAAGCUUUUGAGGUUCUUGGAUCUGAUACGCUCUAUCAGAUGAAUUGUGGUGUAUGUUCUGUGGGAGAAAUACCAAUUGGAUUUAUAUCGGAAAUAUUCUUUCAUAUAGUUGUAAGAUCCUAUUUGAUAUCUGGUCUUAAUAUCUGGUCUCAGCAGAUAUUAAGCUUGAUUUAUUUUGAGGGACAUCGUAACAGAACUGAAAUUGUGGAAACAGUUGGUAAUCGAGUCCCCUUCCUGGAAUACAAACUACACACAAGAGACCAUGACAAGAGACCAUCCCCUCUCGUCUUCUCUUCCCACAUGUCAAAUUAUUUGGCACCAAAAUAUCUCAAAAACAAAAAAGCUAAAGUUAUUCACAUCUAUAGAAACCCCACCGAUGUUCUCUCACUCUUUCAUUUUUCAAAUUCAGUGGCUACAUUAGAAGCUCCAGAAAACAUAGGGGAUUUCGUAGAGCAGUUUCUAGAUGGUGAGCUGGUUGGAUGCCUUUGGUUUGAUCACAUCAGAGGCUGGUAUGAGCACAGACAUGACUUCAAUAUACUGGUCCUGAUGUAUGAAGAGAUGAAGACGGAUCUCAGAAGUUCUGUGCCUAAAAUCAGCAAUUUUCUUGAGAAGGAACUGAAUGAAGAGGAUGUGCAUGCUAUUGUGAAGCAGGCUUCAUUUCAGAAUAUGAAGGACGAUCCACGAGCUAAUUACAAUAGUAUUCUGACAUCUGAAGUUGGGACAAGAACAAGUGAAGGGUGUUUCCUGUGCAAAGGUACCAUUGGCGAUUGGAAACGUCAUUUGACUACGGAGCAAAAUGAGAAAUUUGACAGAGCAUUUCAAAGGAAAACAAAAGAUUUUCCCUUGAAGUUCAUCUGGGAUAUAAAUGAGGAGUAG